AUGUCGUCAUUCAACUUUUCAGCCUACUUAAAAAUCAAGGGAGAUAACCUGUUGCCAGAAUCCAACCAAGGCAACUGUCGAACAAGCAAUACCAACGAAUGGUGUUUUGAAGCUGGUGACGACCGUGUGAACGUGUUCCCUGGUCUGGCCGUGCUACACACCGUGUUUGUCCGAGAACACAACCGUCUUGUCAAAGAACUUGCUGAUGUCAUGCCAUCGACCACUCCUGAUGAUGUCUUGUUUGAGGAGGCCAGAAAGAUCGUGUCAGCCAUCAUCCAACAAGUCACCUACCGCGAAUGGUUGCCCAUUAUUGUUGGGCCCUUGGCCAUGAGGAAGUACAGACUGACCCCUGGCUUUAGCUUCAGGUACAACAUCACCCAAAACCCCACCAUCUACAACGUUUUCGCCACCGCCGCCUUCAGAUACGGCCACUCCACCAUUCCACGUUUCCUGACCCUCGGAGAUCGACAUGUACCAAUAGAACAGCUCUUCAACAGACCUUCUGAAGUCAUCAAAGAUCUGGACACCGUGCUGAAGGCUAUCCUCAAGGACAGACAUCAGGAGGUUAACCGCUUCAUCAACAGUGGGAUGACUGAGCAUUUGUUUGAGACGUCGGGCAAUAACGGCUUUGACAUCGUGUCCUUAAACAUUCAGAGAGGUCGUGACCAUGGCCUGCCAUCAUACAACAACUUCCGCAAGGCAUGCCAGCUAUCGGAAGUGACUUCAUUUGAUGACAGUGUAUUUGGUAAAGCAGGACCUGCUUUGAAAAGUGUAUACAGUUUCCCUGAUGACAUCGACAUAUUUACCGGUGCAGUAGCUGAACAACACUUGCAUGGCGGUGCAGUGGGCCCACUCCUCGCUUGUCUGAUUGGUCAACAGUUUCAUGAUCUGAAAUAUGGCGACUCAUUCUGGUUCGAAACAUCUCAUCCAAGAAAGGGCUUUACAUCAGGACAACUGUCUGAGAUCCGACGAAUGCGCUUUGCUAAAAUUCUUUGUAGGAAUUCAGGAGUGAAGUCCAUCCAAAGAGAUCCUUUUACAGUGUACUCAAAAGAAAGCAAUCCCAUGAUACCCUGCAACGAUCUUCCAACAAUCGAUUUAACCAAAUGGCGGAGAUGAGAAGUUGCUUGGCCUGCCCUUAGGUUCAACAAUGAACCCGAUUACUUGAAACAUAAGAUUUUUUGCGUGUGAGGUGUUCCAACACGUAUAUCCCACACUACUGGUCGUGGUUUGUAAGAUGCAUAAAUCACAGAAUACAUUACAUUUUUGACAUUUUUGUUCAGUUGUCUUCAUAGUAAAUAUGUAAUGCCAGAACAUUUAGGUAUGGCAUUUCACUAAUAAUGCUGGAAUUAUUAAAUGAAAUGUCAGUUAACAUUAUACCUGAUUAUAAUGCCUACACUUUAUGAGAACAAAACAAAUUGGUAACUAAUUAAGUGUGUGAAUCCAUCAGUCACACCAUCAAAGCGUUUAAUCACAGUAUACAAGUUGCAUUAAUAUUGGCAGUGUAUGUUUAUGGCAUUGUAUAAUAUAUUUGUCAGGGGCAUAAACAUAUUCUACAUGUUUGACUUGCACAAUUUCAUAGAUCUAUGAAGGAGGUGUAUUUUAUUCUUUGUCAUUGUAUGAUAUUGUAUAAUAUAUUGUUGAUGUCGUGCUUAAAAAUUUAGACCCGUGAAGAUUCCGGGGUAGAAUAGGUCUUCAGCAACCCAUGCUUGCCGUAAAUGGUGACUAUGCUCGUCGUGAAAGGCGACU